CACGUACUGUAUAGUCAAAUUAACAUGUGUGCCAUGGAUGUCACAAGUGAAAGGGAGGGGAACAUGGGAUCCCGUGGGGACACCGACGCCAAAGAGCCUGAGGGUGCCGCCUGUGGGUGGGGAUUCUUCACCCCCUCCGUGUGCCAGCGGUUUCGGACUUCGCGCUGGUUGUUGUUUGUCUUGUGCUGCACUUGUUUUAUACAGAAUAUGGCUACUAGUGGAUUUGUGAAUGUAAUUAUAUCUUCCAUUGAAAGACGAUAUGACCUAACAAGCGCCGAGUCCGGACUAGUGGCAAGUUCUUACGACAUCUCAUCCGUCAUUCUACUACUUCCGGUCAGCUACUUCGGGGGUCUGGGUUCGAAGCCACGUUACAUCGGGAUUGGAUGUCUCCUGUUCGGAAUUUCGUGUAUCUUGUUUGCUUUCCCUCAUUUCCUGUCUGGCUUGUACCAGUAUGGAAUAGACGACGGUGGGCUGUGUUUACAAGGAAGUAACGCUACAUCUUUGUGUGGAAGCGAAACAAAUUCACUCUCCAAUUAUAAGUACAUGUUUUACGCGACAAUGGUCCUGAUGGGAGCGGGGACCACUCCUCUGUACACUCUGGCGACAGCGUUCCUGGAGGAGAGUGUUCCUGUGCGAUCGUCCUCAUUAUAUUUAGGAAUAUACUACGGAUGCAGCGUCCUUGGUCCAGCCCUGGGAUUCGUCAUCGGGGGUCUAUUGUUGGAUAUAUAUGUAGAUUUCAACGUUGUUGAUUUGGGAAGUGUGACAAUUGACUCGACAAGUUCUCUCUUUGUGGGCGCGUGGUGGGUUGGUUUUGUAGUGUGUGGAUCACUUAUAGUCAUCGUCAGCUUAUUUAUACUCGCCUUUCCCACGGCGUUGCCAAAUUCCGCAAAAUAUCUAGCCGAACGACAGAAAGAAGUGUACAAAAACAAGGACAAAGAUCAAGACGAUGUCCCCAGUACUUUCCGCGUCUCUAAUAUUGGGAAAUCCCUGAAAACAUUACUAACCAACCCCACCUACAUGUUUCUCUGCCUAGCCUCUGCAACAGACGGUAUCUUAAUAGUUGGUUUGUCGACGUUUAUUCCCAAGUUUACGGAGAUACAAUUCGGCUUACCAUCAUCAACUGCUGCGCUGUAUGUGGGUGCUGUAGUUGUUCCAGCAGGAACAGGGGGUACUCUUCUUGGUGGGUACAUAAUCAAACGAUUUAACCUACGAAUCAAGAGAAUCCUUCAGAUUGGUAUGGCUCUUAUGACUGGGAGUCUCGUCUUCGGACUCGUGUUUAUUAUGAGCUGUCCAAGCAUUCGCUUUGCCGGUGUCAAUAUCCUGUACGGAAGCACAGACGUGCAAAGCACGACGUUCCUUGGAAACUUUGUGACGGACAACUGUCACUCAAGUUGUGGCUGUAGUCAGGAGGAGUUCAGCCCCGUAUGUGGGAGGGACGGAAUGACCUACUACUCCCCCUGCUAUGCUGGCUGUCAGACCGUGGUCAAGGAUGGCGAUAGUAUGCAAUAUUUCAACUGUUCUUGUGUGGGAAGCGGUGUUACAGAUUACGAUGCGGUCCAGCACAAGUGUAAAUCGGACUGUAAUCUGACAAUGUUCAUGGUGGUUUUCUUCGGUAUUGUGCUACUCACAUUUACCAGCUCCAUUCCUUACUUAACCGCCACCAUCAGAUGUGUCCCACCGAACGAAAGAGCAUUUGCGCUGGGAAUAGAGCUAUGUAUAACCAAAGCUCUAGGGUAUAUUCCCGGACCGAUCCUAUUCGGCUGGCUAAUUGACCUCUCCUGUUUAGUAUGGAACUCCAAGUGCGGAGGUGACGGAUCCUGUUUCUUCUACGACAAUAAGGAGAUGAGUAACAACAUUUUGGUGAUAACUCUUAUUGGAAAGGCGGUCACGAUGUUAUGGAGUAUUUUGGCCUAUCUGUGUUAUAUCCGAGGAUGCAAAAAUAAAAUGGCUAAACAGCAAAACAACAGUAAAAUUCCAAGUCAAUUUUCAUCACGGGAGACUGGAAUUUCCGUAAUAUCGGAACAAUAUAUCGAAGCAGAAAACACAUGUUCUACAUCAAGUGAUAUAAAUGCAGAGUAUCCUUCUGAAUCAACAAGAACAGAAAAGGACACGAAAAAUAUCACAUCAGAGGAGCCAUGUAAACAAGAACCAGAACGUGUAGAGCCAGCACGGAAAGAAUUAUCACACAAUGAAUCGACUGAACUAUAAGAACAUGUUGCCACGAUCGCUGUGAAUAUAAACACCACAGUACCAAGACAUCACAGAAAUCCCAACAACAGAGAGACAGAAGCUUACUCCAGUUUUUCACUUUUCAUUUUUUUAUCUUUUCAUUGUGCCAAACUAUGCAGAUAAAAGCAUAGGUAAUGUUCGGAGCAUUUGAAAAUAGAAAACCAUGGUUUGAUAUCCCUUUUAACCUCUGAAUACGUUUUUAAUGUACGUGGUAAUAUUCUCUGAUUUUAUUACGGUAAACACAUUGACUACUAUAGCUUAUACCGGUAAUUUACACGACAGAGUACACUCCAUCUUGGUAUUUUUUUCUGAAUACGAGAUACAGAUGCAUACAAUUUUGUUAGACUUUAAUCAGUUUGUGUAACGAUGUAUUUUUAAAUGACUCUCACCUGAAGUGAUUGAAGUUAUAGGUAUUUGAUAAUACAUGAACAGCUGACCUAAAAGUAAUAGCAUCAUAUAGCUGAUGGUGGUAAAAUGGCCAUGAAAAGCAAUAAGAAGGGGUUCCGAUAUCAUGAUACUUUUUUUAGUUUGUACGUUUUUACACUAAACAAUUUUCAGCGGAAGGAGCAAAGUUUUACCUAUGUCUGUCCGUUCCGUUCUGAAUCAUCCGGUUAAACACUGACAUACACAAUACAGAUAUGCAUGUCACAUUCACGGAGAAGUUCGUCUUUAUAAUAUUAUUGACGUUAAAAUAGCCUCGAUAGUAGAUAGUGCAAAAUAGUUAGGGUCUACAAAAUACCUGUAUUCCAAGAACACUUCGAUGAGUCGUGACCUGAAUGCAAUUUCUAAAUUCCUAUGUGGUUUUAAUAUAUCUAAAUCUCAUUAAAUUGAGAGGUGCUAAUAUAUAUUUACAUUUGUUUUGUACCGUCAAACAAUGUUUGUCUUGUGCCCCCCUCCCCAUUGUAUACCGUUCAUUGACAGCAUCUUGUACGUGUACCAUAACAUUGAUACGUGUAGGGAGAUAAAACGAUAACUGUUUUUUACCCUCACUGAAAAGAAGAAUGAAAUCGUACGAUCAUGUUUGCACCGCAUUUACUGAGUCGCGUUACUAUCGCAGAAAAGUUAUAACUUUUUUUUAUAUACUAAACUUUUUCGCAAAGAUUCAUAAUGAUCAGUACCUUAAUUACCUCAAAGUACGUUAAUCAGAUACAUUUCCGACCAUUUAUUUAAGCACUGCCAAAUAAUAUAGCAUCCAACGGUGUAGUUAUAGCAUCAUCUAAAUCCAUGUCAUGUUAACUGAUUUACUACUGUAAAGCGCAUUAUCAGCCUGCAACUUCAUCAUCAUUAUCGGAUUAUUUAAGGUCAAUUUGUCCAAGAUAUUCACGUGGAAAGUAUAAAACUUUCUGGGAAAUAAAAUAAGCGAAUAUUAAGAAAUGCCGUACAUUGUUUUUUUUAUCGGUCAUACUUGUUAUUAAGGAAAAUUUGAAGAUUGUUUUCUGCAAACUCUUCAUCAUCGUAAAGAUAAUAAAUGUUUUCAACACACAAACAUCGUAUUUAACAUUAAAGGUAAAAGAAAGCUUCAUAUAUUUUUAUUACACAUUCUUAAGUUAUAUCAAUUAAAACUUAUAUCUCAUCGACGAGUUACUUCCCCAGACACAUUCGUUCACAAUGUGACAACAUCAAAAGAGACCAUCCUUAAGUUAUAUUUGGGGGUUUACUUAUACUACAGGUGAAAUCAAUGAAGCAGAAGAGGACUAUUAACACCAGAUCGAAUUAUCUUCUUAAUAUUUCCCUCAAUUGUCAGUUCUGGUGUUUUUUUUCUGAUGUAACAAUAAAGUUAGGUGAUUCUUAAAUCGCCCUGGUUGUAAUGUUUGUUAAAUUGUUCAACAAUAUCGACACGUGAUGUUGCCUUCACCUAUGUUGUUUGAUUUGAACCUGAUUGUUGGUGCAAUCAUCGCAAUACUUUCGUUGCACUGGUUCUCUCGUUAUGUGACCGGCCGAGGUGUCCUACUUUAUUUCGUACGCAGUACUUCAGGGGGGUAGCACUAUAAAGCCGGCACUAGUUCCGCGCUAUCACAAGGAAGUAAACAUAAACAUAUUAAAUCCUUCAACAACACACAAUGCACUUACCAUAAUAUCGGACACAGGGCAGAUCGUUCUUGAAUUACCAUAGCUAGAGAUAGGGGACGCUAAGAAAAAAAUAACAUCAGGAAAAAAAAUCUUCCAGAUGGAAAAGAAAAGAUCAAAUCCCAAAUUAAAUCGCCUGAGGCGAUUGGGGAAGCAGUACAAUUCUGCAUGGCAGAGCUGCUGGCGGGGUUAAGAUUCUUAUUCCGUCACUAACAAACGGAUUAUUGUAAUUGUUAGAACUCAAUGGUAGAUAUAACUAAUCAAUAUGAGAUAACGGAAUGAAAGGUUUUACUGUAUAUACGAUGUCACGUGUAUGUAUCUGCACAAAAGUUCAAACGAACGCUUUAAUGAUUAUGUUGGUUUAACAUCAAAAUGAAUAUUCCAUUUAGCCAAUCUAAUUAAAAUCUAAUGUUGAUGUAACGUAGUGAGAAUGACUCUGUAGAUUUUAAUUAGAUUGCCAUUGAGCCACAUGGUGAUUUACAUUGUCAUGUAACACGCAUAGAAUUUAUGGUCCUGAUCGCGAUAUUUUCAAUUCAUAAGAAAUUCAUGCAAAAAUUGAUGUAAAUUUGCCUUUAAUAACAAAAAUAGAGUAGCGGAUGAUUUUUAAAUGAUACCUUUACAUCUCUACUUAGCAUUAUUGAUCUACUUCUAGAGAAGGUCUUGAGUGUGAAGCAGAUAAUACCUACUCUCCCAGAACAUACAUUGUCGUCAUGUCUUGUGUAUACCAAAUCAGGCAUAUAUAUAAUUAGGGGAUUUGAUAUUGGCGCAGUAUUACAUUUGACAUACCCUGAAGCAGAGAUAAGAAUGCUCGAAAACAAACUGACGUGAAAUACGGUCAUGCGGUUUUGAAAUAAGAUUUUACACCUAAGACCCACACAAAAUGUGUUCUUUAGUAGUUGAAAAAAGGAAAUCGUUGUGUAUGUCAAUACUGACACAAUAAAUUCACAUAUAUCAAUGGAGAAGUGGUUAUAAGCUAUUUAGGUGAACUUGUAAGUCUCCGUGGUUUGUCUUCUCCCGGAAUGCCACAUAUAAAAUUAAAUCAAUGCCACAUCUAUCUUCUGGAUAUUUUUUAAUUAGAAUGUUCUAUUCGUUUAUGCAUUUUGUACCUUAGUCAUCAAUACAUCAAAAAAUUUCUGUCAUAACUGUGUUAAAUAAUUAUCUCAGAUUUCAAAUAAUGGUAUUUUACAUUACCUAAACUCCUUAUUGGAUGCUGUAUUUAGUCUUUCAUUUACAUUCCGAGUGUUGAUUCAUGAAAUACUAUGAUAACAGUAGAAAACUCCGUUUUACUUGCUGAUUUUCCACACAUUACAUCAGUUUAAUAUUUAUACGUAAGAAAAAUAGUCUCCGUUUCAUUUCCAUAAAUUGCCUUUUCUUUGCCAUCUAUUCAAAUAAAAUAUAUAUAAUUUAACACGAAA